GCCGGCAGUCUGGUCCUGGGCCGCGUACUGAGGCUGAGGGCUCAGCGAGCCCCGGCCGGCAACACCGCCUUUCCCGCGCAUUUCUGAGCUUCUGCACGCCCUUCUUCCCUCCGAACCGUGUCCCGGAAGGGUAGGGUAGAGACGCCAGCCGCCUCGCUGGGCCCCGCUUCUCUCCGCUUCCUCCCUUGCCUACGGCCGGCUCGACCCCCCCGCGUCGGGUUUCCCCGGUCUUCCCUGGCCCCUCGGCGACUGUCCCUUGGCCUCUGGCUUUAAGAAGGCAAGCAUGGCAGCAUCAACCUCCCAGCGAAAGAGGAUGAGUUCUAAGCCUGAGCUCACUGAACAGCAGAGGCAGGAAAUCCGUGAAGCUUUUGAUCUCUUUGAUGCUGAUGGAACUGGCACUAUUGAUGUCAAAGAACUUAAGGUGGCUAUGAGGGCCCUGGGCUUUGAGCCCAAGAAGGAAGAGAUCAAGAAAAUGAUAAACGAAGUUGAUAAGGAAGGUACAGGAAAAAUGAACUUCAGUGAAUUUUUGACCGUGAUGACUCAGAAAAUGUCUGAGAAAGACACCAAAGAAGAAAUCCUGAAAGCUUUCAAGCUCUUCGAUGAUGAUGAAACUGGGAGGAUAUCUUUCAAAAAUCUGAAACGUGUGGCCAAGGAGUUGGGCGAGAACCUCACUGAUGAGGAGCUGCAGGAAAUGAUUGAUGAGGCGGAUCGCGAUGGAGACGGAGAAGUCAGCGAGCAGGAGUUCCUGCGGAUUAUGAAGAAGACCAGCCUGUACUAAGCAACCGCCACUCUCCCACAGGUGCACGUAACUAGAUCCGGGCCUGCCAUCGGGAGAGACCUCUUUCAAGAACACCAAGUACCCCCCACUGACUUCCCUAUAGAACUUUAGUACCAACCUGAUUCUCUUUCCUCCUUUAGAAGGUGUUCUUUGAUGUUUAAGAUCUUUAUAAAAUGACCCACUGAUUGUUUUCAUUCCCCGAAGCUGAACCAGAGCACAUUAGAAUGGAGAAAAUGAAGAAGAGGGUCCCAGUGCUUUCGCCCAGCUGCCCUUUGGCCUUCCAUCGCUCCCCUCUUCUCAGGCAUUUCCACCGCACCGCCAAACACAGGCCAGCUCCCUAGACAGGCACAUGUUGUCUCCCUGUUGCCACAAGCAACAGACCCCUCUUUGGUGGUUCUGGUUUUUAGUUGACACCGGACUGUAGCUCUCUCUUUUAUAAAACCUGGUGAGCUCUCUCACUGGCAUUCUGAUGUGUGUUUAGUGCUCUUUGUUUUCUCUUAAAAAUAAAGCCUCUCUUGUUUUGAA